AUGACUCCAGAGAUCGAAUGUGUAGAACCUGUAGACGAUAAAGUUGAACCUCCUUCUGAGAUCAUCGAAUCGAUGAAUGUUGAUCCCGAUUUAUCAGUAAAUGAUGAUUCCGAUUUAUCCCUCGACGAACCAAAAACCAGUAGCGAAGAAACUCCCACCCAGAUAUCAUACCCACCCGGAUAUCCAGCCAGGGAGCAACGAGAGGCUCGUCUUCGUGAAAAAGCUAUCAAACUUGGCGAGGAUCCAGAGAAGUUUAUGGUUAUAACUGAGAAAGAUAAACUCGAUUCGAUAGUAUUUAAGGAUAAGAUGCAGACUGAUGCAAGGAUGUGUGAUUAUGCGAAGGAAGGCGAUGAAGACCCCAAAGAAUAUAUGCUCAUGGAAGUACGUGAUAGAUUAAUAGGAGAAGAAAUAAUUCGUCGAUAUAAUGAAGAACACGGAAUUUCCUCAUUGUGGCUCGAUACUGACGAGGAAUGGAAAAAAACGGUUAACAUACUCCAGGAAAAUGGAAUGUAUGGCAAAUUGCUCGAUCAUUAA